UAAAGUUGUAAAAAAAAUAGAAAGCAUUUCCCUGUAUCAUACAAUUAAUUGCUUGAACUUUUAGACGGCAAGGAAACUUUUGGCUACACCCCUGUUGGUUGUAUGUUAUGAGCUAGGAUAGAUAUUAAAACUCAGGCAUAGAAAGCACGGCAUAGUAAAGUUGAAGCGUAGUGAUUGGAACGUUCCAUGUGAGGAAACAUAUGAAACUUCGGUUCACAGUAGGUCUACUUAUUCAUAUGUUAAACGUAGGAUAAAACAAAAUGGAUUUAGUCAAAUAUCUCUAUCUUCUCCUAUCAGUGAUCCUGGUAUUUCAAACGAUUGUCCGAGCUGAUAACGACGACCACGGAGACGAACAAAAACAACCAAAAUUGGAUGAGUUAGCAUCGAUGGAAGGACACAUGAAGCCACUUGGUUCUGUCGGUCCUUAUUUCAAACUCUUUACAAUCGAGGGCUUCCCUUCGUCUCCCAGGGAAUUUUUCAAUAAAUACGUCAUCCCGUCCACCCCAGUGGUCAUGAAGAAUGCGGCAAAGAUUUCACCGGCUUUCACCAAAUGGACGGAUUCAUACUUCAUCAGCCAUCCCGAAUCCGACAGGGAGGAAAUAUUUGCUGAAGGAAGAAAAAAAGAAAUCCGAACCGAACCAGGUUCGACAAUGACGUUCAAGCAAUUUGUCGAACUUUAUAACACGACUGAUAUGUACAUGGUGCACGGACUACCGAAGCAUUUGAAACCGGAUGUCAUUAUCCCACCGCCAAUGCAAUGCGACCCUGUCAUGGAGAGCAUGCUGGAUGUUGUCACGUGGUUUAGCAGUGGAGGAACGAAAUCGGUUCUUCACAACGAUGACGUGGACAAUCUGAAUUGUUUGUAUCGGGGGAAUAAGACAUUGGUAUUCCUGAACCCACACGACCAUGAUAAUAUAUGGAGAAACCUGAUCGACCGAACAGAUGGCGGUUACUCGUCAAUGGACGUGGAUGCGGUCGAUUACACUAAGUUUCCGGACCUCGCUAAAGUCCGAUAUUCAAAGGUUGACAUGCAAGCGGGAGACUGCCUGUUCAUCCCCUAUGGAUGGUAUCAUCAAGUGAACUCAUUCGGGAGCAACUUGGCAGUCAAUCUCUGGUGGAAACAUCGACCUCAACAAUUCUUCGAUUUGACGGAGGAAGUUUGCGGGGAUUUCACCGGAAGAAAUACGAUUGCAAACAUUUCCUAUCCAGGAAUGGACGAAGCGGAAGAUGGAGGCGGCGGUGCAUAUUCUUCCGCUCCUGAAGGAGGAAGUCCUACAAAAGAGGAGUUUUUGAAACGAUACAAUACAGAGAAUAAAACCGAAGACGAUAAAGUGGAAAAAGAAACGGAAGUUGCGGUCCAGGAGAAAACUCAGACAGAUGGGCAACCAAUUAGUUAUUCUGACGACUACGAAGCUCCCUAUCUGGACCCAGAGCACAAGGAAGAAGAAGUCGAGGCGCCGCCAGUGUCUGAAGAAGACACAGGGGAGGGACCGUACAUUCAGCAAGAAGAACAGAGCCUUGCCGACAAGAUCUACAGAGCUAUUCUUAGAAUCAAAAAACCAGUGAAGAUGAGCGGAUUGAAGAAAUAUGUGUUGAAAAAAAUGCCAGAAACGCUUCAGACAUGGGAUGACCGUUGUCAGGAGAUUUUGAUCAAUUUCUUCGGGUUGUUGGAUCAGAAUAAAGACACAGAACUUACGAUUCUAGACGCUGAACUAUUUUACGAGAAAGAUGAUAAUGUUCGUGAGCAGUUACUGGACGCAAGUGCUUUUUUCGAAGAAGAUUUGAGACAUAGUCUGAAUUUGGCGGGUGCUAAUAAAGAGAGGGAAUUGGUUCAGAAGUUACUCGAUCGUGGCGAACUUGACAAAGAGCAGAUCGCAACAAUAUUUGGCAACAAGUUGGUGAUGCCUGCGCCAAGCCAGCAUGGAAAAGACGAACUAUAGGAUUACUAGAUUGAUACAGAUUUGAGUCGAAAAUUUCUAUUUAUUUGAACAGUUCAAGGGAAUCUUUCAUUCCAUUUGUUGUAGCGUUACGACGGUGUAUCGAAUAUAUAAUAAACAUUGUGAUAUUUGAUGUUUUUAUGACGUCAUGGUUAUGGUUGAUAUUUGUAAAUCGCUACAUGGACGUUUAAACUUGUCAUAUUCAGAGAUGUCGGUAGUUAAUAUUUCCAUUUGCUAGGCUGAUAAUUUUGGUAGAUAAACAUAUAGAUUUUGAUGGCGUCAUGUUUUGAUGACGACAUUUUCAAUUAUAUUGUCUAUGUAAAGUGGGAGCCCUGGUAUGAUUAACAGGAAUGGGAUUUAUUCAAUAUUGACAAAGAGCGCCGUGAUAAAGUACCCCUCAAAAAACUUCCAAUUUUUGAAAAAAUGAAAUUGAAACAUUCACAAUAAAAAUGUCUCAGAAUGUUCAGAACACCCCCCUACUCAUUAAAAAAUCGACUACUAUGCUACUCAUUCAAUAACGUACUUUUAUUUUUAAGUGCAACACUAUUUAAGUGAAAUGGAAUCUACUUUAAUCGGUCAUUUUUUAUUUUUCUCUUUUAUUUUUGAUUUAUCCGCACAGGUUGCCGAUAUGAGAUUAUGCAUCAAAUGUAAUAUUGUUUUUUUUUGAGUCUUUGUUGAACUAUAUAUGUAUUAGUGUUUCAGUGGCGUAUAUGGAAUAUUACAGCGUUUUUGAAAAAAAAAUAGGUCCCUUAUGCCUAGGAGACAUAUAAAAUCCCGUAAAACCCAUAUAUCUUAUAUUUAGAUACUAAUAUAUUAUGGCGUAACAUUUUAUAGUGUAACGCCAUACUAUAUUGUCGAGAUGUAUCGUUACACCAUGCUUUUUGAAAAUCCUUUUCAAUAAUACCCGGCUAAUCGAGUAUCUGAAAACGCCUAAUAGAACUUUAAUUGGCUGGUCACGUAAAUGUCACACAGACUCCGAGUUUGACGAUAUUCUUGCAUACAAAUAGUAUUUCAAAAUUUUCAAUUACUUGCCCAAAUAGUAUGUAAAUAGCUUUGUUGAAAUUUUCGACACAACUUUUUUUAUUUUAUUUCGUCGUAAAAUUCAAUCAGUUUCCAAAUAUGCAGUUUCUUUUUGUUCAUUUUUCAUUUUGAUUUUAUGUUGGUCGAGUAUGUGAUUUGGUAUAGGAACUUAAUUGUAAAAACGUAACAUUUUACUAUAUCUCUUUCUAAAUUACUUGGAUAAUUAUAUUUACUUGUACUAUGUACCAGGGCUGUGAGUCAGACUUCUACUCCUGUUUAAAAAAAGAAUCGUUUGUACAAAGCUCCUGCCACUAAUGCAAAAAUGUGAGAAAGGCAUUCCCACCAAAUAAUAAAUUAAUUAUUAUUCAGUUGGGGUUAAGAAUGAUUUGGGUACUCCAGACGGUGUCCGUCAUCUUGGUGCACAAACUUCUGGAGCGCAAAAGUUUGAAUUUCCAUGUAAUCUGUAUUCUCAUCCUAACCUUGACUGGAUGAACACUCAAGAUUUAUUUUUUUUAUUUUGAGAGGUGACGUUUUUUUAAGGGGGCUUAGUAGAUCCAUUUUCGUAUCCAGAUCCAGUUUGAUGAAAUAUCGACUGCGACUCCAGCCCCGAACUUCAGAGAAAAAAAAAUUGAUAACCAAACUUUGGCGUGAGCCAUUAGUAAUUGGCGGUUAAUGAAGGCUUUGCUAACUUAAGUUUUUUGGUGUUUCUGUAUAAUUUUGAUGCUAAUUCGAAAUUUUGUCUCCACCUAAUUUGAAAUUAUGAUUGCGGUUCCGACAUCACAGCUCUGCUUCGUAUAUUUUAUAAAAAAAAAUUAUUGGGAGGGGCUAUCAAAAUGAAUCGAAAUGUCUAAGUGCCAUGCUCGACCAUUUAAUGUAUAUAUUUGAUGUAAAUACAGGAUAAUAGUAUUUAUUCAGAUGAGAAAUAAAUUUGGUCAAUCGUAA